CCCCCCCCGUUUGGCACGUGGGUAAGGCAAGAUGGCCUCCAUUUGGUGGCAUGGUUGCUUUAUAUGCCUUUUAACAUCGCUUGUUGUGGGAAGGGAAGAGUUUCACGAGGAAUUAUACAUUAAGCCGUUUCCAAGCGGUGAUGUAUUAACUUAUUUUCAGUUCACGACUUUGUGGAGUGAAGAUAUUCGUGAUAAAAAUUCAUUUUCACAUUAUAAUCUAUUUCCAAAGUCAUUGGGUCAAAUUGUAACAAAAUACUCUGUAGAGGAGUUGCACUUAUCAUUAACACAAGGAUUUUGGAAUGCAUACUUAUGGGAUAAUGCAAUGCAACCUGCCUCACCUGGGGCAGAACUUGCUGUUUGGUUUCAAGACAAAGUUCUGCUAAGGGUUGAUAAAGAAUGGAGUGGCCUUACAAAUGCUCUAUCUGGUCAGUUUUGUGCUUCAUUAAAUUUCAUCAAACCAGAGAAUACUGCAUCUCCAAACAUAUCAUUUCGAAGACGUGGACUGACAUCUUCCAUAUAUAAUGAUUCCCAAACAUUGCGAUAUGCAUCUUUGCCUGGGGAAAUUGUUUGCACUGAAAAUUUAACACCUUGGAAGAAAUUACUGCCUUGCAAUUCCAAGUCUGGAUUAUCAAGCUUACUGAACUCUUUGCUCAUAUACAAAGUGAAAUACCACUCCAUGUCCAUACACCUUCGAACAAUAUGUGAGGAUGCUGAUUGUCAACUUCCAUUAUUGGAGUUACAACAAACUAUGUCCAUUGUAACGGAUCCAGUAGUGAGAAGUGGCAGUAAUGAUUGGUCGCUUCGCAAAUUAUUUGGCCAUCCUUUGAGGUCGUCCUGUCCUUUAGCAACUACGAGUCAAGUUUUCAUAGAUGUUACUGAAAACGAUACUGACAAUAACUUUUCAUUGAAACCAAAACCAACACGUUUUAUCUCAAAAUCAGAUGAAGAACUAAACCGACAGUUCGCAGUUUACAACUUGAAAGGAACAGGCAAAGUUCCCAAAUUGCUUACCUCUGAUAGCGGAUUUAAUCCAACACUGAAAUGGCAAAAAAGGUCUAAACAAGCGAAACCGCCGUCUUUCUUUGUCCAUCGUUUUUUGACAGGUUAUGGAGAAGAACAUGCUGGAAUACAGUGUGAGAUGAGAAAUCACCACAAGAUGGCGUCUAUCAAGAUCGUUUAUUUCCAAAUACUACCCUGGCAUUUCAGGGUAUAUCUGCAUACGUUACGUGUUCGCAUAAACGAUGUGAAUAUUAAACCAGAAUAUAUCGAUUUUGUGCCCUCCAGAGAUCGUGAGAGGCCAACAAAAUUGGAGAUCGUUCUGACUGUGCCUCCAGAUUCAAUUGUGACUGUAAAAAUGGAGUUCGAUCGAGUUUUUUUGAAGUGGACAGAACAUCCACCUGACGCACAUCAUGGAUUCUAUUUACCGUCGGGUGUUAUUACAGCUAAAUUAGUACCAAAUGGAGACUCGAACAGAUCAGGACUUUCAACAGACUAUGGAUCGCUUCUGUCACAGUCAUUACAAAGUACCAAAACUGAUGACAAUUUAAUUCGAAUCUACACGGAAGUCCUACUUGUAUCCUUGCCUACUCCUGAUUUUAGCAUGCCUUAUAACGUAAUCUGUUUAACUUGCACCGUCGUGGCCAUUGCUUUUGGCUCAUUAUACAACCUGUCCACAAAACGUUUGCAAGAAGUUCCUCCGGGAGAACCAACCACAUUGCUUGGUAAAAUCAAGCAAAAACUAUCUCGGCUCAAGGAGAGAAUAAUUCCUUCCACAAAAUCGGGAAAUAAACCGAAGAAGGAGAAGAAAAAUGAUUAGUUGAGCUAUUGUAAAACCCACCGUCCGAAAUGUUUCGGUUAAACAAACCGACAAGAAUUGACAAGGCGCCUAGUGUAAAUUGGUCAAAAGAUGAUAUCUCUGACCAAUAUCUAGAAACUAACAGGGUUGUUGUAUAAAAUCUAUACACCUACCUGUGUGUAUUAUUGACACUUAUGUUGUUUUUAAAACACAAGUGUUGUUAAACCUUUAAUUUAAAUUUCACUCUUAUGGCGUUGCGAUAUGGAUUUUUCUGAUAGCCAUCAGAGUGUUGAAAAUAACACGUAUUUUUUAACUACGAUAGCAGGCGAAAGAAGAUAACAUAAUGUAUUAUUAUGAUUUAUUCAGUACUCUAUUCGUCGUUCGUUAUCAUAGUUCGGCUUUACUUUGGUUUGCUAUGUUUCA